CAACAGCAGCAUUCUCUGGUCAGAGCCGGGAUCAAAUCUACAACCUUCUGAUUACUGGACAACCCAUUCUACCUCCUGAGCUACUGGUGUCCCUGACAGCUGUCGUGUCCCCGUGAGCACAUGAGGCACAACUGCAUGUGUGUCGGGACUCUCCAACACUUUCCAACACACAAGUUUAGCCGAAAAUCAAAAUGACUCUCCAGUGGACAGCUGUGGCCCUCUUCCUGUAUGCUGAGAUACUAAUUAACAUCUUCCUGUGUUUCCCCUGCAUAUCAGCACAGAGAUGGCGUUUGGUUUUUGGCUGGAGAAUAUGGAGCUGGUUAUCUCCAUACUGGAACAAAUUUUUCUUUGCAAUGAUCAUGGCUCUCAUUGUUCUUUUUGUUGAUGCUGUUCGAGAGGUGCAGAAGUACUCUGGUCCUGAACCCAUGCAAGAAGCUACAGUGAACCCAAACUUGUACGAUCAUGUCCACAUGAAGCUGUUCAGGGCUCAGAGGAACCUUUACAUAUGUGGCUUCUCUCUCUUUCUGUGGCUCAUCAUGCGGCGAGUCGUCACUUUGCUCACCCAGGUUGCUGUCGCUCUUGAGACCAGCUCAGGUCUUCAGAUACAGAUGGAAAAGGCUUUGAAAACAGCAGAAAAGCAGCAAGAGGAAAAUCAGGUGCUCAGAAAUGCUCUUGUGGAAGAGGAAAAAUACCAGUCAGCAGCUCAACAACUGGUGAAGCUGGACGGUGAAAAGCUGCAAGAUCAGCUGAAGGCUGCAGAGGCAGCUGUGAAAAAGUCUCAAGCUGAAGUUGAAGCAAUGAGGAGUCAAACUAAAGGUCUGGCCCAGGAGUACGACAGACUGUUAAAAGAACACCAUCAACUGCAGAAGCUUCACUGUGUUGAAAAUAAAAAAGAUGAAUGAAACCUCUGGGAUGUGAAGAUUGUGGUUCUGUUUUUCACUUCUCUUUGUUUCAUUUGGUCUGUUUCUGAACCCGAGGGAGAACGGUUGCAUUGUUUAGUCAUUUUUCUUUUUUCAUGUUUGAGCAGAAAAACAUUUGUAUAUACAUAUAUUAAAAAAUACAUAAAAUUUGUGGCAUGCAAUAAAA